CUUCCCUUUUAAAAUUUACCGGUUAUGUUUUUAUGCAACUUUGUGUCUAUCAUCAUUUUAUUUUUCUAAAUUUUAUUUUUGAAAAUUAACAUGUACAAACUUACUAAGAAAUCUAAAAUAUAUUUACACAUCUAAUAUGAAAAAACAAACUAAAACAAUGAAUACAAUUUUGUUGAAUUAGAUUAUAAAUAGUUAUACUUGAAUUUGACGGAAUACAUGUAACACAAUAUACCCACGAAAUGAGUAAGUAGACCAAUCCAAACUUUUUAUACAGCCAUACAUUAAAUAAAAACCCAUAUAUUUUAUUUAUAAAAUACUUUUUACAUAUAAAUUAUGUAACGACUCAACAUAUUACUAAAUACAUAUGAAAUUCUCAAAUAAUAUUCUAAAUAUAUUGACCAACUAUUACAAUUAAGUAUUAUUUAUGUGACUUUGAAUCUAUCAACACUUUAGUGUACUUUUACUAUUUGAUUCUCAAAACAACAUAUAUUAAGUAAUGCAUAAUCUUACUAAAACAUAUUUAUAAAUCUAAGACAAGAAUCAAACUAAAUGAAAUAACAUAAUUAAUUAAAAUUAUAAUCUGUGUAACAAAAAUAUUUUAGUUGAAUCGGAAAAGUAAAUGUUAUCUAAUAUAUCUAAAAAAUAGCCAAAAUCGAGAUAUUAUAUAUCCAAAAUUAUACGUCUAAUUGACUAACUAAAAUAACAUAACUUUGUUAAAAAUAAGCCAUACAUUUUGAUUACAAUAUCAAUAAUAUAAUAAUUAAAAAUUAAAAACAAAAUUUUAAUAAAUUAUUAUAAUAUAUUUACUUUAUGUAUAUUCGUGCAUGAACACGAGAAAAUCACCUAGUCUAAGUGUAUAUAAGCAGGCCUGUUCCCGGGAUAGUGAACUUACAAAAAAAACCUACAUUGAUCAGCUCUGUGAUAUUCAGUCAAGUGAUAUUUUAAAUAUAAAACACUAGCUAGAUACCUUUUUCAAAAAAAAAAAAAAACACUAGCUAGAUAACGAUUCAGUUGCUUAGAGAUGGGAAUUUGUGCCACGGUACGUAAGUCAAGGACCAGUUCGGAGAAUUGAGGAUACUAUGAUGAGUUUCAUCUCCAUGACUAGUAUAGAGCAGUUUCAUCUCCUAAACUUAAUUGGGCAGAUAUAUAAAUUAGGGGUUACCUACCUAAGUAACCAGUCAUUAAUUAAGGGUUUCUCUAAUCUAAUUUUUUUUUUGUAAAAAACAGAGAGAUGAACCAAUACGGAAACUAAACACCAUCAUGGGUUGUUAGGUGCAACUUGAAAGUGGUCCACAUCAAUAACUCGUUUUAAGUAUGUUGCGAUCUUAAUUAGUCUUAUACUUGAGAAAUGGGUCACCCGAGACUCUUUCCUGAAGAAAUGAGUGGCUUCGGUACUUUAAAGUAGAAAUACAUAAUUAAUUUGGAUACUCUUUUGAGUUCGGUUUGAUUUUAUUCUAAGUUUUGAUUUUUUUGUAGGACUACAAAUUAAAAUUUUAUUUUGGAAUUAAAUUUUUUAGUUUGGGUUAGGUUCGAAUAUUUACGGAUUCAGUUUGUUACUAUAUGCGUUUAAAUUAUGUAAACAAAUUAAAACACCCAAAUAUGAUUUCAAAGUCUUAAAAUUUAAAAGUAAUAAUAAUUUACAACAUAUAAAUUUAAAUAAUGUAUGUUAAAUAUCUAAAAUAAUAUAAAAUUUUAUUCGGUUGGAUAUAUAUUUGGGUAGAGAACUAGUAGGUAUUUGGGAUAUUUUUUUUAUAUUUUGAGUAUUUUGAAUUUUGGAUAUCAAUCUAUAUAGCAUUAGAUAUAUUUAAAUAUUUGAUAGUAGUUCUGAUAUUUUUGGAUACUCAAAAUAUUUGGGGUUAUAUGGGGUUUGGAUCAAAUUCUGUAGAUAAGACCAUUUUGAAUCUAUUCGGAUAUGUUACAAGCUAAGGAUUUUCUGGUUUGGUACAACCUUUUUAAAUUAGAUUCGGUUCGGUUUUCGAAUCCACGGUACUGUGCUUAUCCUUAGUUUAAGAUGGUUCACUAUAAAUAUCAAGCUCAACUACUCAAGUUAUUUGAUAAACUUAGUUGAGGAGCGUUGAUUCAGCUCAACGAUGUGGGACUUUCGCGUUCUUUUGCCUUUCGGUGAUAAAAGAAAACACAAGAUUAUUUUCUCCGUAACGAAAGAAAAGAAAAGAACAAUACUCGGUUAUGAAUUAUUUAUUAGGUGUAAAUUUUCCAAAAAAUUUCGUGCUUGUAGGGUUUUGCAGCAACGAAUUUGCAUUAAAGUUGUCAAACAAGUUGCGUGAGCAGUAAGUGACAAGAAAAUAAGGUUAUGAAGACUUGACAUGUAAGUAACUAGACUAAUAGUCCAAUCGAACAUUGAAAAAGUUGAUUCAUCACGGAUUCACGAUCGUCGAAGAAAGUUAUAAUUAAUCACCCAUGCAAAGAAAUAAUUAUGCCUGAAAUUUAUUUAAAAAUUUGAGAGGAGCACGGAGUAAUUUAUUUUUCAUUUAUGAAAAUACAUGUCAAAGAAGAGUUUAAGAGUGGUUCUUUUUUUAUAUCGACUUGCUAAUAAUAUAUUGUGCCAUUUCGUUUGUAGAUUUAUAACGAUUCCCCAUCAAAUUAAAAUCUCGUUAGCGCAUAUGCAUAUACUUUUCAAUUAUAUAUAAGGGAAUGAUUAUUAAGGCUAAGUUACAAAAAAAAAGAUGAUUAUUAAGGCCAUUUAUAUUUUUGACUCAUAUAUAAUAAAUAAUUAAUAAUUGUAAUCAUAAGAUAGUAAGUGUUGCCCAUUUCCCCCACUAAUUAAGUUGGCUCAAGAGAAAAAAAUAUAAAUAUUGGGUCAAGAGAUAGUACAAUGUGUUUCACGUGGGAAACGAAGACCUAUUCUCGUGAAGGCUACAAGGUGACCAUUGUGAUUAGAGAUUUUUUUUUCAUGUAAACGAGAUUUUCAAACCCACUUCUAUUUCCAUUUCUAUAUUUUCUUCUAAAAUAGAAAAUUUCUAUUAUAAAGGUGAAUUUGCUCCAAUGUAUGUCUCUAUAAUAAAAUUUUUCUAUUUUAUAGAAAAUAUAAAAAAAUGUUACUUUUUACCUCUAUAUUUAAAGGUGAAAAUAACACAUCUUUAUAUUUUAUACAUUGGAGAGAAUCCAUCUUUAUAAUAGUGAUCUCUAUUUUAGAAGAAAAUAUAAAAACAUACAUUAGAGAUGCUUUAAGUAGGGCCGUGUAGGUGUACAUUUUGCAAUAGUUGUAUUCACAACACUCUCCAAAGGGUAGACUACUUUUUUCCUUUUUUUUUUUUGUAACAUAGGGUAGACUACUAUGGAGUAAAAGUUUAACCUUCAUAGUUCCGGACCCAAGCCGCACCUCCAAUCUUCUUUUUGCUAUCCCAAGAGAUACCAACGUUGCAUUUGAUCCAAUACCAUGUCGAGGGAGUCCACAUACCAAAUUUUCUUUUCUUCUGGCCGGCAUGUGUUAUAGACUUAUGGUGCUGGGUUCAAACAUUCUCAAUAAACACUUCACUUAAUUGUUCUUCACUUAGGUUUCUGAGUUCAACUAUAGAACCAAAUCUUGUUCAGCUUCUCGAGAACGAGACACUGCUUGUCAAUGGCGCUUCCGGUUUCCUCGCUAAAGGUAAUUCUUUGUUCAGUAUUCUCCGUAGUUCCUGUAUGCAAGAAAUCAACGGAGUAAACAUUGGAGCAACAUUAUUUAUAUUAAUAAUUCCACUACUGUAAUUCGUAAAUAAUUUUAAGAUGCACAGAUAAUUAUGCUACGGAUAUCAGAUUUAUUGAUAAACAAUAUUAUUUAAUAAAAAAAAACAAAUGGUAAAAAAGUAACGAAUAAAAUAACUGAUACAGUACAAAAAUGAGAUUGGUUGCACUCAGAACCAACAAGGAAGGUACCUUUCAAACAUGCGCUUAUCAGAAAUAAAAGCAAGUUUCCAUUAGAGAGGUCUCCUUUUUUGGUCGCUAACUACUACAUCUAGUAAAUUUUGCUUUUAAUAUGAGAAAAAAAGUUUGGUAGGAAUUGAGUUUUUGAUAAAGGAGUAAUUGAAGGUAGUUGUUAGUUGGUUGUUGUUGAUGAUGAAGUUGUUGCAAAUAGGAAGCAUGGAAUCGAGUAUUAACUCGAACAAGGUCUGAGUAUUAAAAAGAUUUCUGAAGAAGAUUUCGAACCACCACUGAGAAAGCGAUAGAGAAACUAGCAUAUAUCAAAAGGCAUUAUUCUUCGAUAAUAUAUAAGCCUAAUGGCAUUGCAGAGUUCUUUAAUAAUAGUUUCAGUAGGUCUCGAUGUUGGCGAAUGGAAUCGAGUAUUACAGGUACAUCGAUCCUAACAUGAGAUUCUUGAUAGUCUUUGAGUUUCAACUAUGGAACCAAGUUGUGUUCAGUUUCUUGAGAAUAAGACAGUUCUCGUCACUGGCGCAUCCGGUUUUCUUGCUAAAGUUUUCGUGGAGCGAGUUCUGAGAUUGCAACCAAAGGUGAGGAGGCUUUACCUCCUCGUAAGAGCAUCCGACAACAAGGCCGCGAAGCAACGGUUACACAGUGAGGUUUUCGAGAAAGAUUUAUUUAGGGUGUUGAGAAAGAAUGUUGGUGAUGAACGUCUAAACGCUUUAAUAUCGGAGAAAGUUGUUCCUAUUCCGGGUGACAUAUCACUAAACAUUAUGGGAGUGAUCAGAGAUUCUAAUUUCUUACAAGAUAUGAUGCAAGAGAUCGACAUCAUUGUGAAUUCUGCUGCCACCACGAGAUUCGAUGAAAGAUAUGAUGUUGCUCUUGGGAUCAACACAUUUGGACCUCUCAAUAUCCUUAACUUUGCUAAGAAGUGUGCAAAACCACAAUUGCUUCUUCAUGUAUCUACUGCCUAUGUUUGUGGGGAAAGAUCCGGACUCAUACUAGAGAAACCUUUUGCUAUGGGAGAAACUCUUAAUGGCAAAAACAAGGUAGAUAUCGAUGCGGAAAUGUUAUUGGUAGAGCAGAAACUGAAACAACUCAAGAAACUAGGUUAUUCAGAAGAAGAAACCAAACAAGCCAUGAAAGAUCUCGGAUUGAAAAGGGCAAAACUUUAUGGAUGGCCAAACACAUAUGUCUUCACGAAAGCAAUGGGAGAAAUGCUUCUUGGCUACUGUAGAGAAUCUAUGCCUAUUGUAAUCAUACGUCCCACAAUUAUCACAAGCACUUUCUCUGACCCAUUCCCCGGCUGGAUUGAAGGUAUAAAGACCAUAGACAGUGUGAUUGUUUCAUUCAGAAAGGGACUGCUAAAGUGUUUCCUUGUUGAUGAUAUGGCAGUAUGUGAUCUUAUACCCGUCGAUAUGGUGGCAAACGCAAUGAUUGUGACCGCAGCUGAACAUUCACGUGAGUCAGGGAGUCAUACCAUAUACCAUGUCGGCUCAUCUUAUCAGAACCCGGUGAUGUAUAAACAGAUAUAUGAAAUUCUAAAUCGUUUUUUCCUGGCGAGCCCUCUGCUCGGUCGCAAUGGCUUGCCUAUUGUCCCAAACGUUAAAAUAUUCCCCACAAUGGCUAGGUUUCGUGUCUACACGAGCCUUCGUUAUAAAUUACCUUUACAGGUAUACUUAUGUAAAUUGCACAUAUUGCGAUUACUUAGAUUAAUUUUUCCAUCGCAACUCGGGGAGAAAUAUGAAGUUCACAAUCGUAGAUUUAAUAUAGCGAUGAGAAUGGUGAAACUUUACAGGCCUUAUGUAAUCCUCAAGGGCAUAUUCGAUGAUAGAAACCUGGAAAGAUUACGAAUCAAGAAUGAAGGCACAGGGAUAGACAAAUUAAUCGACUCCAUCAAAUGCAUUGAUUGGGAAGACUACUUUAUGAAUAUACAUAUCCGUGGCCUCAUUACACACGUACUCGAGAAAUAAACUUCAGAUACAAUUAUACUACUUCACAUACAUUACUGCAUUGAUCUGCCAGAUCGUACUGAAAUUUCGAUAGUAGCCUGGUAAACUUGAGCUAUGGACUUAAGAAAGAAGGCAGCUAGAGCAAGUUUUAUGGACAAGCUUGAGGAGUUAGACUACUAUUUUUUUUUUUGAACACAUAAAAUAUGUUUUCAAAAUUCAACAUGUCUUUCAUAAACAUUCAAAAUAUGUCUAGACGAAUAAAUUGUCUUUCAUAAAAUAUGUCUACUAUAAAUUAUUAGUUUAGACUAAUAAAAUAUGUCUUUCAUAAACAUUCAAAAUUUUAUGUGAUGUUUUACUUUAUUUAUACUUGAUUUAGUAGUUUUGGACCA